AUGACGGACAAGAAGAACGAAGACUUCAGCAUCAGGAUGGGCGACGUGUCGGGCUCGCGCAGCCCCUACGGCGAGAGGGAAAAGGACCCCUUCAUGCCACCCCGACCUGCGAGAACGCCGUCGCACCACACCAGUAUACCGCUGCCGAUUAGCAAGAUCGAGAACAGCCCCCCUAUCUCGGUUCUCGCGUACUGUCUGUCGUCCAUUAGCAUGACAGUCGUGAAUAAAUACGUUGUUUCAGGAUCGGCGUGGAACCUGAACUUCUUCUAUCUCGCCGUUCAGUCGGUUGUAUGCAUAGUCACCAUCCUCGCCUGCAAGCAAAUGGGCAUGAUUAAGAACCUGGCCCCUUUCGACGUGGCCAAGGGAAAGCGGUGGUUCCCCAUCUCACUGCUCCUCGUCGGCAUGAUCUACACUAGCAUCAAAGCCUUGCAGUUUUUGUCCGUCCCCGUCUACACCAUCUUCAAGAACUUGACCAUCAUCGUCAUUGCCUACGGAGAGGUGUUAUGGUUCGGUGGAAGUGUCACCCCCUUGGCCCUCCUGUCGUUUGGUCUCAUGGUGCUCAGUUCCGUCGUUGCCGCUUGGGCCGACACCGCCCAUGCCAGCUCGACUCCCGAGGCUGCGGCUGCUCUGGCCACUCUGAAUGCUGGUUAUGCCUGGAUGGGUCUCAACGUCUUCUGCACUGCAUCGUAUAUUCUGGGCAUGCGCAAGGUCAUCAAAAACAUGAACUUCAAGGAUUGGGACACCAUGUUCUACAACAAUCUGCUCACUAUCCCUGUUCUCAUCAUCUGCUCGCUUCUUGUUGAGGAUUGGUCGAGCGAGAACCUGGCCAAGAACUUCCCUCCCGAGUCCCGAAAUGCCCUGUUCCUCGGGAUGAUCUACUCAGGAACGGCGGCCAUAUUCAUUUCGUACUGCUCGGCCUGGUGCAUUCGUGUCACCUCCUCGACCACAUACUCCAUGGUGGGAGCCUUGAACAAGCUUCCCAUUGCUAUCAGCGGUCUCGUGUUCUUCUCCGCACCAGUUACUGUGGGAAGCGUGUCUGCCAUUCUCAUUGGUUUCGUCAGUGGCAUCGUGUAUGCCUGGGCAAAGGUACGCCAAUCCGAGGUUGCCAAGAACGUGCUGCCGACAUCCCAGCCGACCAUGAGCGCAAGUUCUCAGAGCAACCGUGACGCCAACUCAUAA